UGCAAACACUUGUGCCACUUGUCUGCCUGUCAGAUUAAGAAGGAAGAAAUUGUUGCCACUGAAUUUCAAUAUCUGUCUCUUAACAGUGUAAAUCUUCCUUUAACAAGAAGAAAUCACCCAUACAGCAGAAAAAUUGAGACCAGAUCCAGUUUUGAACAGUUCCGAGAAACAUUUUUUUCCCCUUUAGAAUAGUGAGUAAACUUUUGGGAUACUGAACUCAGUAUUUGCUAAUGGCUCUGCUGGAAACCUGAGACAUGUUCGGGUGGAAAUUCCAAGCCUGCAUUCUAAAGUCAACAGAAUUCUUUGAAAUGCUGGAUAAGAUGCAGACUCUAAAAUUUGAUGAGCAGAAGGACAAGAGCAACAGGCAGAAGGAUGAUUACAUCCCCUAUCCCAGUAUUGAUGAGGUCAUCGAGAAAGCGGGGCCAUAUCAGUCCAUUAUCCUCCCCCAGUUUGGAGGGUACUGGAUUGAAGGAAUGGAUACCAUUAAUACUCCAACAUCAUCCGAGAGUAGUUUCUGCGAGGAGGAUGUGGUAGAGAGCCUGAGUCCCAGCACCUUUGGAUACAAGCUGGAAUGCAACAGUACUGCCAGAGUUUACAGGAAGCACUUUCUCAAUAAGGAGCAUUUGAAUUUUUACACCUCCUGCGGUGUUCUGGGAAACCUGGUCAUUUCAGUCAAGUAUGAAGAUACUGAUGAGCAAGAAUAUUUGAGGAUCAUACUCAGGUCCAAAUCGAAAACAAUCCACGAGCGACUCCCUCUCGAUGGAGUAUCCCGAAUUCCCAGUAUUCCACUGAUAGCAAAGCUUCUCUGUGAUGACCUGACCUGUGUGAAAUUCUCCCCCGUACUUUAUCCUAAGGGAUCCAAGUUCAUAGUGGCAUAUGAUGAACACGAGAUCAAUAACAACUUCAAGUUUGGUGUCAUUUAUCAGAAGGUCAGACAGACCACUGAAGCCGAAUUAUUUGGCAACAAUGAGGAAAGCCCUGUUUUUAAGGAAUUCUUGAAUUUACUCGGAGACACAGUUGAGCUCAAGGAUUUUAAAGGUUUCCGAGGAGGCCUUGAUGUUGCCCAUGGUCAAACAGGGUCAGAGUCUGUCUACACCAUCUUCAAAGAUAGAGAGAUUAUGUUCCAUGUUUCUACAAAGCUGCCAUUUACAGAAGGGGACUCUCAGCAGCUGCAAAGAAAGCGGCACAUCGGGAAUGACAUUGUGGCAAUUGUAUUCCAAGAGGAAAACACACCGUUUGUUCCAGAUAUGAUUGCUUCUAAUUUCCUUCAUGCAUACAUUGUGGUGCAAGUGGAGACUUAUUGUACAGAUAUAACUACUUACAAGGUUGCUGUCACUGCCCGAGAGGGUGUUCGUCAGUUUGGGCCCCCACUGCCCAGCCCACCAGUGUUUAAAAAGGGCCCUGAAUUCAGAGAGUUUCUACUCACAAAGCUCAUCAAUGCAGAAACGGCUUGUUACAAGUCUGAGAAGUUUGCAAAGCUGGAGAACCGCACACGGGCAGCACUGCUGGACAACUUGCACGAUGAGCUCCACAAUCAGACACAGGCAAUGUUGGGACUGGGCUCUGACGAAGAUAAGAUGGAAAAUGGCGGUCAUGGAGGAUUCCUGGAGUCUUUCAAGAGGGCUCUCCGUGUCCGCAGCCACUCAAUGGAGACCAUGGUGUCAGGUCACAAGAAGCAUCACAGCGGAGGGUUGCCAGGCAGCCAGAGUGGUGGGAUCUCUCACAAUGUGGUAGACAUCAUCAAGCACCCUCCUAAUCAGCAAGUAAAACUUCUGAAGAGUCCAGGGAAAAGGAGAUCAGCUGUCUUCCCUCGACCUCAUACAAGCUCAGACAGUCAGUUGGAUGGGAGACCACGCUGUGAAAGUCUUUCGAGUUUGUCAAAGACCGCUGAGAGUGGUCAGAUCUCAUCGGACAUCAGACGGGAAGCAUCGUCGAAUCCAAGCUCUCCCGAAAUGGGUCCCAACAAAGACAGGAUCUGCAGUAAACUCAAGGAGAAUGGCAAGAGCAACAUCUCCCGUUCUUCAUCAAGCACAAGUAGCUUUAGCAGCACGGCUGGUGACAAUGAAGUUCUGGAGGACUAUGAGUCCAGUGCAGGGAAUCAGCCAUCCAUAGCAUCUCCUUUCCGACAAGAUGUCUUUGUCUACAGCAAUGAAAACCAAAGCAGCCCAAAUCAAAUGAGCUUGUGCAAGAGUCCCACAGAUACAGCCAAGAGUAAAACCUCUCCAAGAACUACUUUAAAAUUCAGAUUUGAUAAACUCCAUCACAGCUCAAACCCGCAGGGUCACUAACAAGAAUCAGUGCCCCACCUGGCAUUAUGCACUUGUAAGUGAACACCAUUUCAGGGAUAAUCCAGCUGACAGUAAAGGCGCCCUUCAUUCCCUCCAACAGCUAGUGGAAACUUCCAUUCACCGCAAAUGUAGCUACAGCUGGUUCACCUUGAGCUGCACCCGUCCUUUCUGCAUCUGAAACACACCUUCCUGUGUCCUGGGAGGCUGGAAAUCACCAGGAAAUUCUGUCCUACAUCUGCUGUUACAGGGGUUCAGGUAGUCCACUCCAGCUUCAAGGCAGGCCUAUUCAGGGCCCACUCGGAGAUGUGUUACUGUCAGGGUUUAGGUAAUUCAGCAGUCUAACGCAUGUACGCUGUAGAAGAUAUGGAUAAUCUUCAAUGUCCCCUGUAUCCUUCCCUUGCCUGGUGCUGCAGCCCCUUGAAAAGAAGUGUUCUAUGGGCACCUCACUGGUGAGGUACUGUUUCAAAAGCAUUAAGCUUGCUUCUUUGCAACUUAUGAUGGGAUGUAUCUGGGACAGAUAUAUUGAAAGAGAUUCUGCAUAUCCUAAAAACAGACCUCCUAGAGGUCUCCAAGCCCACUGGGAAAACAUUUGAGGUGAUCUCACUGCCUCCUGUCCAAGGACAGAGGGCAACAAAACCAGGAGACUUCAGGGAUCUCAAUCUUCAAACACAUCCUCCCUUGUCUAGUCAUUCUGAGGCAGUGAGGUGGUCGUACCUGAAUCCCUGCCAAUGUUGCUUCGCACAGUAAUUGUACCAGAGCCUAAACUUUGUGUUGUAACUUGUUAUCCACCAUGUUUACACUGCCAAUUAACAAAAAUGUUUGUUGUGUCCAGCUAGGUUUGUCAUCUGUAUAUCUGAUGUUACAUUUAAAUGCGAUAGAUGUUCAAAGUAAAAAAAAAAAAUCUGCCUUUCUCGGUCCUGGGUCUUUGAAGGAUUAUAGUAAAACAUGCUCAACAAGAUUAUAAUUCAUUUUAGUUUGUUCCCUGAACAAUGUGAUUGAUAUAUCUUGUGAAAGCUUCAAGCACUUUGCUAUCCAGUUUUAUUUUAUCUUUGUCAUUCUUUGUUUUGAAAGUCAGAUGGCAGGCACCAGAUCUUGCCCCUUAUAGAUGGGCACUGGAUGGUCAGCAAUGAUUACUCACCUCUUGCGCAGUUUGGGAACUAAAGUGAAUCUGGCCUGAGCAGCCUUCCACCCCAUUCCUGUGGCAGUAAGUCCAUGUGUUGCAGAACACCAACAAUUAUUAGUGUCACCCCAAAGUUGCCAUGAACAAGUGCCCCCAACCCAUGGUGCCACCCUCACCCAAGAACCACUUACUAAAUGUGAGAGAUCCAAACUUCACCAUGUCCACCCGAUUCACUGACUUCUAAUAGCUUGAUCUACGUUCAGUGUCCCUUCCUGACAAAAGGGUAACUGGUAUACAGAAAUAACCCUUGAUUCCUAAUUCAAAGACUAUUCUGGUUGGUGUCGGCAUUCUCCUCCAGCCCUGGAAGAGCUGCCAACUAUUCCCUGGUUCUCUCUUGUUGUCCCAAACCUACUUUAUUCAGUAUUAAAAUUGGCAAGAGAAACAGAAAUCCUUUAUUUUGUGAGAACCCCCAAAGUUUUGCCUUACUUUAAUACUAUCCCAUGGAACAGUGUUUGAUAAACUUCUCAAUUUGAUGUGGACUGAUGUCUUUCUAUUUUCAGAAAAGUGACACCACUCAGAAACUGAUUGGUCAGUGUGUACUGUAUCAUCAUGUUGAGUUUUUAAUUAAUUGGAGAUUACAGUGGAAUUGUCAACAGCCAUUUUAUAGAGAGAGAGAGAGAGCUCUUUUGAAAAAGGCAUGUCUGCUGCCCUAAACUUGCAUUAUCUUGUAAGUUUCUAUUAGAUCUCCCCUCAACCUUCUAAACUCUUAUGAAUACAAUCCUAGGAUCCUCAGCCGAUCAUCAUAUGUUAGGCCUACCAUUCCAGGGAUCAUCCAUGUGAAUCUCCGGUGGACACACUCCAGUGCCAGUAUGUCCUUCCUGAGGUAUGGGGCCCAAAAUUGGACACAGUAUUCUAAAUGAGGUCUAACUAGAGUUUUAUAAAGUCUCAGAAGCACAUCACUGCUUUUACAUUCCAACUGUCUUGAGAUAAAUGACAACAUUACAUUUGCUUUCUUAACCACCAUCUCAACCUGCAAGUCAACCUUGAGAGAAUCCUGGCCUAGCGCUCCCAGAUCCCCUUGUACUUUGUACUUUGACUCACCGUAAUUUUCUCACCAUUUAAAACAUAGUCUAUGCCUGCAUUCUUUUUUCCAAAGUGCAAAAUCUCGCAUUUGCUCACAUUGAAUUUCAUCAACCAUUUACUGGAGCACAGUCCUAAAUUGUCUACAUCUUUCUGCAGUCUCCCCACCUCCUCAGUACUACCUGCCUGUCUGCCUAACUUUGUAUCAUUGGCAAACUUCACCACAAUGCCCCCAGUUUCUUCAUCCAGAUCAUUUAUAUAUAUAUAAAUAUAUAUAUAUAUAUUCCAUCUUUUGUCUUGAUCCUUUCUUGAAUAAGGGGGUUAUAACAGCAAUUUUCCAAUCAUCUGGGACUUUCCCUGACUCCAGUGAUUUUUGAAAGAUCAUAGCCAACACCGCCGCUAUUUCCUCAGCCACCUCCCUCAGAACUCUAGGAUGUAACCCACUGGGGCCAGGAGAUUUAUCAAUUUUUAGACCGUUUAGCUUUUCUAGCACUUUCUUUUUGUAAUGACUACCAUACUCAACUCUGCCCCUGACUCUCCUUAAUUGUUGGGAUAUUACUCAUGUCUUCCACUGUGAAGACUGACACAAAGUACUUAUUAAGUUCUUCAGCUAUUUCUUCAUCUCCCAUCACUAGCCUUACAGCAUCAAUUUGGAGCGGCCCAAUGUCUACUUUUGUCUCUCGUUUAUUUUGAUGUAUUGAAAGAAAAUUUACUAUCAUUUCUAAUAUUCCUGGCUAGCUUACCUUCAUAUUUGAUCCUCUCCUUCCUUAUUUCUCUAUUUGUUAUUCUCUGUUUUUGUAGUCUUCCCAAUCUUCUGAUUUCCCAUUGCUUGCUCUUGGCCACUUUAUAGGCUCUCUCUCUUUUUCUUUGAUCUUUGAAACAUUUCUGGCUUCCUUCGUCAGCCAUGGCUCUGUAAUUCCACCACCACCACCUCCCCCCCCCUCCCCCGCUUUGAGAUGAACCUCUGUACUGUGUCCUCAAUUACACCCAGAAGCUCCUGCAAUUGUUGCUCUACUGUCUUCCCCACUCGGCUGUGCUUCCAGUCAAUUUUGGUCAGUUCCUCUCUCAUGCCCCUGCAAUUACCUUUAGCUAACUGUAACAUCAUUACAUUCAAUUUUGCCUGCUCUCUUUACCAUCUGAACUCUACCAUAUUAUGUUCACUACCUCCUAAAUAUUCCCUUACUUUAAGAUCUUUUAUAAAAUCUGGCUCAUUACAUAGCACUCUUCCUAGUCACUCUUCCUAUUUUCUGUCGAAUCUCUAACUCUCUGCUUCCUCUUGGAGUUCCAUAAAUAUUGUCUCCCACCUAAAUCUCUUGUUGUAUUGUCUCCUUUCAUUCUCAUCAAUUUAUUUUGACUUUCUCUCUCCUGCUUCUCUGUCUCUCUCAUUAGAGUGGACUUCCAUUCUGUCUGUUUCCUUCAUUUCUCCUCACUCUCUCAUUGUCCUCUCUUCUACUCAUUUUAACUCCUUACUUGUCCUUUCUCUCCCUUCCACUCACCAGCCUGUCGCAAUUGAAAUGUGCUUGGCCAAUUAUUUUCCAACUGUCACGGAAGUUUGCACCAUUUAAAAUCCCUUCACUCUCGGAGUAAAGGCAGGGCCAAAAUCUGGCAACAUCUCCUUCUUUGAAAUUCUAAAAUGUUUUCCAAGCAUUUCAACACAUGUUUUGUAUUCUUGCCCUUAUUUCAGAACUGAAAUGAUUAUUUUAACACCACAUCCACAAGACACAGCUAGAUGGUUCUGUCCUAUGUUGGCCCUCUGUAAGGUGCCUCUGAUUGAAUUGACUGUAAAUCACCUAUGAUCUUAGAGGCAGCAGAUUUAGGAGCCUUCCUGAUGCCCAGAGAAUGUCUAAUCACGGAUUUAAUGGAAGUCAUCUUGUAUGGUUGUUGCACAAAUUCAAAAUCAAGUCUUCUGUGUUCUUCUGUGUGCUUACCAAAAUCUGAACUGAAUUUGCAAGAUAUUCCUUGUAACCAACCAUAAUAUCCGUGGGUGUUGGAAUUUAAGAUUGUACUCCCCACUUCUUGCAUCUUGGAAAACUUCUUGUCCUGGUUUGUGGAAUCUGGAGGUGACAGAUAGAGGUUAGAUUCUGGCUCCCCACACUUCCCUGCACAGUCACUCAUCCCCUGCAUGGACAUUCAAGAGAGGUUCACCUCAGACUGAAUUUAAAUAAAUGCAUUUCCCUUAAGACAUUACAAACAUUAUAAAUAUCACGCUGUUGACAAAAGGAAUGAUAAACAGAGAAAUAGAAAACACAAAAAAACCUAUUUAAAAAAGCAGCACUUAACCACUUUAUUGCCUCAGGUAUUAUCACAGCCUAUAACCAGAUAUCAAUUCUGUCAUCUUGAUUUUCCAAGUUUGACCUUCACCAUUGACAAAUUGAACAAAAUGGCUGACAGGUGUAUGGAAAGUAUUUAUUUGAGGUUGCAAAUAUUACAGCUCUGGAUAAAUCUGAAUAUGUCUUUUAAAUAAAUCAUAAAAUUCAAUUUAAUUUGUAAUUCUGUUUGUUUAAGGAUGGAGAGAUAAAUCACUUAGUGGGCUUCUAACUGGUGGAUACCUUCCCUAUGGUCAUGAGUUUGAGACUGCACACACAGUUAGUCUGAUGACAAUAUUCGUUCUAUAUUGGGGGAAUGUGUUCAUAUUGGUACUGCAGAGUGGUGAAAAUCACACUGGCUUUCUCUCAGUCAGUGAGGUUAGCUCAAGGAGAAAGCUGGUCAGCUAAGCCUUGUCCUCUUCCCUUAGGGCUGAGCUAAGUUAUAAAUCAAAGGGAGAUGGACUGAACAGACUCUGUAAGGGAGGUCUGACUGCAGAGACUUGGUGAGUUGGCAUGUCUGUUAUUGUCAAACUCCAGUGGGCUGUACAUCUUUUCCAUCCUUUCACCACGGUGCCAAAGAUAUCAGCAAUCUCACUGUCUGAAACAUUCUUCCUUGCCCCUUUGUAUCUGCUAUUAAAAGACUUCUUGGAGCCACUUCUCCAAGUAUUUUCACUAACAUUUAGUAUUCUUUUGCCUUUAUGAAGAACCUCAGGAUGUUUACUGCAUUGAAUGGUGAAGUGCCAUUAACAGAAUGAUUCUCAGGAGAUUGAAGUUGAUGGCAUCACUUAAAGCCUAAUGCCAAUGUGUCUAUAAUGUGAUUUUUCUUCUGUUUCACUGUCACACAUAUACAUAAACACGCCCCAGUAGGUGUCAUCUUUGAAAUGCAAGAGGUUCCUGGAGCUACACUCCUGCUAACUCCUGUGUAUUGAUCGAACACAGAAUGCAAAACACUUGAAAUUCAAAACAGUGGGACCAGGACCUACAGUUGAGGACUUUUUGACAUGAACUAAGGUGAAUGGUUAGGAUUAUGUGUGUGGAACUGUUAAUGAGAUGUGGCAGAGAUUUAUGAAGCUGCCUGACCUAUCCACAGAUGUAAAUAUUGUACAAUUAAUUUAUUGCUACUUUGGCAAAAUUCCUUUCGUUGUGAUGUAAAAACUGGAGGAUGUCAAAUAUCCUUGUUUGUAUAUUUUGCCCAUGUUUCUG